UCGAUUGCGGGUGUCUCCGAUAACGAUAACAAGAGGAGCAACCCUAACUGCCGGGCCACGUACAAUUUGCGUCAAAAAAUAACAAGAAGUAAUUAAAGCUAAAAUUCAAUUAUGGACGUAAUGCAGCGCUACGUUUCUCCCGUGAACCCGGCCGUAUUCCCACACCUCGCCACUGUGCUCUUGGUCAUCGGAACCUUCUUCACCGCCUGGUUCUUCAUCUUCGUGGUGUCUCGAAAGAGCUCCAAGGAAAGCACCUUAAUAAAGGAACUGUUAAUUAGCCUGUGCGCCUCCAUUUUUCUGGGAUUCGGCAUCGUUUUCCUGCUUUUAACCGUCGGUAUUUACGUAUGAGAUAAGACACCAUUCCGCAUAGAAAUAAACUGAAGAUCUGAUCGUGGGCGUUAACAUA